AUGAAAAUCCGUUUACACAAAAGUCGUUUUUUACUUUCACUCAUAGCUCUAAUAUAUGUAAUAUGUUUUGCUACAAUGUGGUACGACGACAGCGAGAGCGAAGUGGUCAAUCAGAUUCCGCAUAAGCCCUCAUAUUUUAACCCCAUGUAUCGUCAUACAGACACGCUUAUUAUGAUUCCUUGUCAUGGUGUCUUAAGAUCUUUGAACGCUUACGAUUGGCAGAACCAAAGUUUGUGGGAAUUCGAGAAGCAUCAGCUUCGUGAUGGUGUAACUUUACCUUUUUGUCUUGCAUCUCAUAUUCGACGAGCAUUACAGAUUUUGAAAGAGAGAUUUGAUUCCUCUAUAUUGAUUUUUUCGGGAGGUCAGACCAAAGUCAGUGCGGGGCCCCGUAGCGAAGCUCUAAGUUAUUAUCUUGUGGCUGAGGAAACCAAUUUAUUUGGUCUCUUCAAUUCCAGUGUUCAGAUUAGGAAUGCUCUUGAAAGGCGAAUCUUUACUGAAGAAUUUGCUCGGGACUCAUUGGAAAAUUUGUUGUUUAGUAUCGCACGUUUUUACGAAAUAACAGGUCAUUUUCCAGAAUCGAUCAUCGUUGUUGGAUGGAAACACAAAAAAGAGCGCUUUUUGAAAUACCAUAGACAGGCCUUACGUUAUCCAGCGGAAAAUUUUUUUUAUAUAGGGCUUGCAUUUGAGGACGCAGCUCCCUUUGUGAGGGAUCUGGAACCGUAUCGGCUUGCUUUACCAUAUAAUGAUGCCAUUGCUCUUUCUUAUGUUAGUAAGGAUAUGUAUCUUUGUACUGCUGGGAAAGAAACGAAAAAUAAAAGAAAUCCCCAGUUUCGUUACCCGCCUUAUGGGAUAACUUGCCCCCCCCUUCUUCCGCUGCUGCGACACUGUGGUCCGCAUCUUAUUGAUCGCAGUCUGGUUCCAUGGAAGUAA